GGGGUGGGGGAGCCCGGGAAUUCCCUCCUCCUGAAGUAACGAGUGCGGGGCGGCUGUGCCGUCGUCGCUGCAGCCGGGCGCUCGGGACGAGGAGGUGGAGGAGGGAGAGGGCCCCGCGGGCCUCGCCUCCGCCCGCCGCCCCCUCCUCGCCACCCCGAGCCGCGAUAGCGGCGACUCAUGAGAGCGCGGCUGGAGGGCAGAUUUGAUAAUGGGCUGCAUUAAAAGUAAAGAGAACAAAAGUCCAACCAUUAAAUAUAGAACUGAAAACACUCCAGAACCUGUCAGUACAAGUGUCAGCCAUUAUGGAGCAGAACAUACUGCAGUGGCACCAUCAUCUUCAACAAAGGGAGCAUCUGUUAAUUUUAGCAGUCUUUCCAUGACACCAUUUGGAGGAUCCUCAGGGGUGACACCUUUUGGAGGAGCAUCUUCUUCAUUCUCAGUGGUGCCAAGUUCAUAUCCUGCUGGUUUAACAGGUGGUGUUACUAUAUUUGUGGCCUUAUAUGAUUAUGAAGCUAGAACUACAGAAGACCUUUCAUUCAAGAAAGGUGAACGGUUUCAAAUAAUUAACAACACGGAAGGAGACUGGUGGGAAGCAAGAUCAAUUGCUACAGGAAAGAAUGGCUAUAUCCCUAGCAAUUAUGUAGCCCCUGCAGAUUCCAUUCAGGCAGAAGAAUGGUAUUUUGGCAAAAUGGGGAGAAAAGAUGCUGAAAGAUUACUUCUGAAUCCUGGGAAUCAACGAGGUAUUUUCUUAGUAAGAGAGAGUGAAACUACUAAAGGUGCUUAUUCUCUCUCUAUUCGUGAUUGGGAUGAGGUAAGAGGUGACAAUGUGAAACACUAUAAAAUUAGGAAACUUGACAACGGUGGAUACUAUAUCACAACCAGAGCACAAUUUGAUACUCUGCAGAAGUUGGUAAAACACUACACAGAACAUGCUGAUGGUUUAUGCCAUAAGUUAACAACCGUGUGUCCAACUGUGAAACCCCAGACUCAAGGUCUAGCAAAAGAUGCUUGGGAAAUCCCUCGAGAAUCUUUGCGACUAGAGGUUAAAUUAGGACAAGGAUGUUUUGGUGAAGUAUGGAUGGGAACAUGGAAUGGAACCACGAAAGUAGCAAUCAAAACACUAAAACCAGGUACAAUGAUGCCAGAAGCUUUUCUUCAGGAGGCUCAGAUAAUGAAAAAAUUAAGACAUGACAAACUUGUUCCACUAUAUGCUGUUGUUUCUGAAGAGCCAAUUUACAUUGUCACUGAGUUUAUGUCAAAAGGGAGUUUAUUGGAUUUCCUGAAGGAGGGAGAUGGAAAGUAUUUGAAGCUCCCACAACUGGUUGAUAUGGCUGCUCAGAUUGCUGAUGGUAUGGCAUAUAUUGAAAGAAUGAAUUAUAUUCACCGAGAUCUUCGGGCUGCUAAUAUUCUUGUAGGAGAAAAUCUUGUGUGCAAAAUAGCAGAUUUUGGUUUAGCAAGGUUAAUUGAAGACAAUGAAUAUACAGCAAGACAAGGUGCAAAGUUUCCAAUCAAAUGGACAGCUCCCGAGGCUGCACUAUAUGGUCGAUUUACGAUAAAGUCUGAUGUAUGGUCAUUUGGAAUUCUGCAGACAGAGCUGGUAACAAAGGGCAGAGUGCCAUAUCCAGGUAUGGUAAACCGUGAAGUGCUAGAACAGGUGGAACGAGGAUACAGGAUGCCUUGCCCUCAGGGCUGCCCAGAAUCCCUACAUGAAUUGAUGAAUCUUUGUUGGAAGAAGGACCCUGAUGAAAGACCAACAUUUGAAUAUAUUCAGUCCUUCUUGGAAGACUACUUCACUGCUACAGAGCCACAGUACCAGCCAGGAGAAAAUUUAUAAUCCAAGUAGCCUUUUAUAUGCACAAAUCUGCCAAAAUGUAAAGAACUUGUGUAGACUUCCUUAUUUUACAUACAGGAAUCAAAAGAAGAAAGUCUUCUUCACUCUGCAUGUUUUUAAUGGUAAACUGGAAUUCCAGAUAUGGUUGCACAAACCAUUUUUUUUUUUUUUUCCAAGUGUUAAACUCUAAAAUACCAAUGAUGAAUUUUCCAACUUAUUUCAGGGUCCAAAGAAAGUAUAGUUAUGAUAUUGAUUACAGUGUGAGUGAUAGCAUGACAAUGAAAAGCAACAAGGCUACUUCAUUAUAAAUCACUUCCUUUCUUUUAUUCCCCAAACUCAAGAGUUGUUAAGAGAAAAUUGUGUAUCAUUAUAGACAAAACUUGGGAGAUAAAAAGUUAUACCAUAAUAAAAUCUAAAGUUAAGGAACUUUAUGGGACCAAACAAUUCCAUUCCAGUUUUUAAAGAUUUUUUCCAUUCAUUGUUCUCUCAAGUUUUUUUCUAAGUUGAACAGUUAAUAUGCAAUCUUAUUAAUAUCUACCUUCUUUUGCAUGGAAAUGCACCAGGUUUUUAGAAGCAAAAAGGAAUAUAAACAGCAUCUAAAACCUGAUUAAAUGUUAGAUGACAGUAGUGACAUUUGAAAGUAUAAUGCACUAUGUUAAUACUCAUACUCAUGGAACUGGAAAGUAGACGAAAUUUUUCACUUUGAUUAAUCAUUUUCUGAAUAGCUCAGUUUAGAAUAAUGAAGGUAACUAGAAAGUGAGGUAAUCUUUUAUAAGGCAUUGAUUUUUUUUUUUUUUAAGGCACUAUAUAAUUGAAGUUGUACUGUCCAAGGGAAAAAUCUUUUAAUCUUCAGAUAGCAUGAAAAAAUAAGACCCAGUAUUUAAACAGUCCUUUUUAAAAAAUAGACUGGUACUGUGAGAUAUUUCUAGUAUGUACUUACGGUGAUGGGUGCCACAAAUAUAAAAUAUCACUAGAUCAGGGACUCGAAUGCACUUUUGCUCUUCCUGAAUAUAGACUGACAGGAAAAUAUUUAAAGGAAAUAUGAGAAAAGAAAAUGUGAAAAUUUUAUAGGUAGAGGGAUGGAAUGUUUUGCUUAAUGUUCAUGUUAAGGAGUGACAAAAUGGCUUUGCUGGCACUCACAGCUCCUCACUUAACUGUUUUCUGAGAUUUUAAGAGUUACAAGGUAUGACUAAAACUAAUCUUAACAUAAACACUAAAUGAGCGUUACAGCCUCAAACAGCUGAGUUAAGGCUUCCCACUAAUUCCAGUGAUAACAGUUUUUAUGCAAAACAUUUUUAGAACUCCAGUUUUCAAAUCUGUGUUGAAAUCUGCAUUAACUUUUUAAAUAUACUUAAUGGUGAUCAUUUUUUCCCUUUUUAGAAUUUAGUUGACUUGGGGAGGAAAAUUUAGUGAGAAUAACAGCAGCACUGGAAGGGGUGGGGGGGGACAGGUUUUUUGCCCAGAGUGUAGAAGUGAAACUCAAAAGUUUUAUGUCCGACUCAAAAAGAAAUUCCAAAAUAUGAAUUUAAAUAGUUGGUUUAAGUGUAGCAAAGGAACUGAAUCUGACAAAUGUCUGGUAUUUAUGUCUUAAAAUAUUCUCCUUUAUAAUAAGUCACACUUUUAAAGCAAUACAUUACGUUCCCAUAUUUUAGAAUUAUAAUUCCUUUUUUUCCUGAUCAACAUUUAUUCAAGAAAACUGGUUGAAUCUAAGUAAGAUCAGUGAGCUUUGUUGUGUACUUGCCCUGUUCACAACCCCUAACCCCAAGUUCCACUGUAACCUUGAAAACCAACAGCCCCUGUAAUUACAAUUUUUAACUACCAUCACUUAUCUGAUUUCAUCAUUAAGUUUAAAAAUCUGUGCCAUGGUAACUAUGUUGAAAUUCAGACAAUUUAAAAAUGUGACAAAUGAGCUUCAUGUAAGUUGGUAAUAGUUCUGGUACUAAAAGUUGUUGAGGUUUCUAAUGUUUACCAAACCUGUUUAGUAUUGAAUCUCUCUUCCAAGAGGGUCUUCCUAAGACUGCUGUCAUCAUUUACCCUGAACAUCUACAACCUGGGACAUCAGAUUUUUAAAGGGCUUUCUGUGAACUAUGAUAUUAUAAUCUUUCUAAGCAUUUUAAAAAGGAUAACAAAAUUAUGUACUAAUUGUGUUCAGAAAAAUAAGUCAGGAAAAGUUGAUGGUAUUCAUUAGGUUUUAACUAAAUGGAGCAGUUCCUUAUAUCAAUUGUAUAGUAAGGAAAUAAAACACUAAUUUAAUGUGUAUUCAGUUUAAAUGGUUAUGUAUUUUUAAAUUGCCAAGAGAAAUAACUUUGUACAUUUGAAGAUUUUUUUUCCCAGCAGCUUUUCAUCUUCAGUGUCUUAAUGUGGAAUUUAACCCUCACCAGAAAAGGAAGUUGGCAAAAACAACCUUUCUAGCACAAACACUUUUUUUUAAUGAAUAAUGGUAGCCUAAAACUUAAUAUUUUUAUAAGGUAUCAUAAUAUUGUUUUGUGGAUAAUUGAAAUAAAAAUUCUCAUUGAAUGCACCCAUUUAUCUUUUCAGCCACUAUUCAUAUUUUCUCAUCAAUUUUUUUAAAAAUUGGUAUUUAUAGCAUAUUCUGAAUUUGUUCUUCCAUUAGGAAAGAAGUGUUCAGUUAUGACUCUUGAGCAGAGUUAAAUCAAUUCUUUAUUAAAUUCAGAUCAUUAUUGAACUCAUUCUAUGUGUUUAAUGUCCCAUGUCAGGUGAGUGACAUUUUUACAAGUUGUCUUUUUUUUUUUUUUAAUUAUACCAGCAACUGCAGUUAAUGUAUUGUACAACAAAACCUAGGUAAUUUGAGUGAAGCUAUUCACAGUGAAUAUGUGUGAAGGAUAUAAAAUGACCACUUUUGACCAUAAGGGACUUAAUUUUCUAAAAAUGAAAAAUAUGUGAAUCUUACUUCUGUGUGUAUUUUACUCUUCUAUUAUAGGUAUAAUGAAAAUAAAAUUUUACUAAAUUAUGAAUGGCCAAUCUAAAGCAUUUAUUUUCAAUAAGGUAAUAUCAUUAUCUUUUACUAUUAUCUAAAAUAAUUAGCUUUGUUUUUCCCUAAUGAUUUCAGAACAGUACAUUUAACCAACAAAAACAUCAUUUAGUAAACAUUUGUUUAAUAUUUUUAUAUAGUGUAGUAAUAGUUCCUCAGUUUAAGAAUGUUUUUCUAGUUUGCGGUUUGCCUUUUAAUUUUGCAUGUAAUUUUUUCUCAUUUAAGUUGUACAUUUAUAUGUUGUAAAAUCUCCUUUAUUAUACUUAAAAAGUCUUUUGCAUACCAAGAUUAAAUGUUCAUCUUCUCUAUUA